CAGGACUGGGAAGAAGAAACAAAACAGUACGCUUCCAAAUGUUUUGUUUCAGGUGAUAGGGAGGGAUCUAGCACACCUUCAAAGACGUAGCGCUUCCCGCACUAUAGCUGCUUGCAAUAUAUAAACUGGGCCACUCGAACAGUGGUCUGAGAUCUCCUAUAGGGUUAGCAAGAAGCCACAUCCCUGUUAACAUCACACUUACUUGGUAACGGAGAACAUAAGAACUCGUCUGAGAACCCUGCAAGUACACCAUUCUACUCUUUCAGAAGUCAGCGUCUUGAAUUGGAUUAUAUUUAUCUGUCCAGCGCUGAGGCAGAUAAAUCCAAUGAUGAAGGAGAUCUGCUUCCACAUAGACAUGCUGCUUCUAUGCAUAGCCUGCGGAGCAAGUGCAUGGGCAGUGAAUAAUUCCUCCGUUCCUCAAUCACCAUCAGCCGCCAAUCUCGCAGAUAUUGGCUCAGCGCUGAAGUUUCACGUAGAGUCAGCGAAUAUCCCAAAAGCCAGACGGAGACGUUACAUUUCACAGAACGACAUGAUCGCAAUCCUAGAUUACCACAAUAAAGUAAGAGGAAGGGUCUUUCCACCGGCAUCUAACAUGGAGUAUAUGGUUUGGGAUGAAAAUCUUGCUAAAUCCGCAGAGUCUUGGGCCUCAGCAUGUCUCUGGGAACAUGGACCUCAGUAUCUUCUGAGAUUCCUUGGUCAGAACCUCUCUGUCAGAACCGGACGUUAUCGAUCCAUUCUUCAGCUGGUGAAGCCUUGGUAUGAUGAAGUCAAGGAUUAUGUUUUCCCAUAUCCUCGUGACUGCAACCCCAGAUGCCCCCUCAAGUGCUAUGGAGCCAUGUGCACUCAUUACACACAAAUGGUGUGGGCUACAUCAAAUAGAGUUGGAUGUGCUGUGCACACGUGUCAUAAUAUGAAUGUAUGGGGAGCUGUUUGGAAGAGAGCAACAUACUUAGUGUGCAAUUAUUCACCAAAGGGGAACUGGAUUGGAGAGGCGCCUUACAAAGUAGGUGUUCCAUGUUCAGCGUGUCCUCCAAGCUAUGGUGGCUCAUGCAGCAACAACAUGUGCUUUCCUGCUGUGAACUCAAACUACCUGCACUGGUUCAAAUAAACACAGUGCACAAUGCACAAGCUAGCACCCCACCAGAAAGACAUUUUUCAAAAGAUUUGCACAUCAUUCCUAUAUCACUAUAUUUUGUAUAUAUGGGAAUAUUUAAAAUACGACCACACUUUGAAAGGCAGAAAAUGCUGUUUUGAUGACAGUAAUAUAAUUCUACGUUGCUGCAAGUGUACAUACAAUGAGUUAUUGAUAUUAGGUGUAUGCAAUAAUCUGUGGUUUAUCUUUAGGUUGCAUUGUGUUGAUUGGGGGAGAAAGGAUUUACCUUGUUGAAAACAAAUUUAGAAUGUGUCAUUCUGAAAAUGGUGCUGAUGAUAUGAAACAGUUGUCUUAUAUGAAACAACUAGUUUUGUGUUCAGGACUGCUGUAUUGGUGCAACAUUAACCAUACUUCUAAUCUAAAUGCAUUUUGUAAAUUUGACUUAAAGUAAUUCUUUCAAAUGAUGGCUGCCAAUUCUGAUCAGUUACUGUACUUAUCCAUAGUAUGGGUGCUAAAAUGGAGCCUAAGCUCCUGAUGUUGCUGUUUGUCCUCACCAUAAACUUUAUCUUGGCAGACACAGUCAGUGUCAGUACGAGGGUAGGCUGGGACAUGAAGUUUUCCUACAGUACAUUGUUAAAAAUAUAAGCUUACAUCAGGAAGAGUAAUCAUUACAUACCAGUGUGUGAGGCUGUUCUCCUUACUGUACUCUCCAUUUAGGAAUUAAAGGCUGCUCUAUUUCAGUGUUAUUAUAACUAUUCCUAAAUGUGUAGGGCCUUAAAUAUUGCUAAAAUUAUGUGUAAAAUCUGAAAACAAUAAAUUCAAUUUGACAGUUAUAGCCAGAUAAAAGAGAGGUAAGGGACGCAGUCAGAAUCUACCUAGUUAUAUGCAUUUCAAGGUAUUUAUGCAACUGUGAGAAAAUGUUAUUCAUUAUAUAUACAAUGUUUUUGUGUUUUGUACUGUUCAGUAACUUAUGACAACUUUAUAUUAUCUCUAAACUUUAUAUAUAACAUGUUCUUAUUUAAAGUUAGCGGAUAAACAUUUCUGCACUUGGUUGAAUUACCUGAGACAAGUAAAGCAUUUUAAAAGAGGUGGUAGAGGUUGUCAGGUAAGGAAAUGGCCACUCAGCUGAUGUUCUAACUUUGACGAGAUUUUAGUGAACAGAGAACAUACAGUGCCCUUUUGCACCUUAUUUAAAAAAAAAAAAAAGAUUUCCAGAAUACAAGGAAAUUAGUUUUGUUUGUACAGAUUUUAAUCGUAUAUCUUUAGCAUGAUUAUCCUUAUACAGUAUAUUAUCCAUAAAUUAAAUUAAAAUUUCUGAUUUAGUUUUAAGCAUAUUUGAGCAAAUGGGUACACUUACGUGUAGAAAUUGCUCAAGAUUGUUGAAGUUGUUCAAAAAAUAAUGCAGUUUCUAAUAAAUAUUUUUCCAUUAGUUGGACAGGUAAAAUGUAUUAUGUGGUUCUCUAAGGUAAAAUGAAUACAUUUUUAGACCUACAAUUGUCUAAAAAGCUGAAAAGACAUAAAAGGCUUUAAGUUCAUAAAAUACAUACCAUGUAAAUUAUUAAUCUUCUGAGUGCCUUUUAUGGAAUUGAAUCUCAUGUGAAGCAUUGGUUAUAGCUAGAGAAUAGUCAAAGGCAUUUGGUCGAAAUUCAAAUACAAUUCAAACUGGUUUCUAUUUUGAAGAUGUUAACCCUAAGGUAUGGGCCUGCUGAUUGACUGAGAAACUGCAUAUAUUUUGGAAAACAGUUGUAAAUAUUACAUUUUUUUGACCAUACUAGUAUAACUGCAGAAAUUGCAUAGAAUUUGAAUUUUUUGUAUAAAUGUAGAAUUGAAUGAAUAGUAACUCAACUUUAAUCGCACUGAAUGUUUGCUUUUGAAUAUUUCUUUUGUAUUUAUGAUUUUUUUUAAAAAUUGAAAUGUGCUUCUGAUG